AUGGCAGCCAACUCCAAGCUUUUCGAACCCCUCAAGGUCGGCAACAUGACGCUGCCCCAGCGCAUCGCCAUGGCGCCGCUGACUCGUUACCGCAACGACGACGAGCACGCACCCAUUACCGACCUCAUGGCUCAGUACUACGGUGACAGGGCCUCCGCCCCAGGAACCCUCAUUGUCACUGAGGCCACCGGCAUCUCCCCCGCCGAGGAGGCCGACCCCAACCUUCCCGGCAUCUCCAGCCCGGCGCAGGCUGCCGGCUGGAAGAAGAUUUACGAUGCCAUCCACGCCAAGAACUCGUUCGUCUUCCAGCAGCUCUGGGGACUCGGUCGUGCCGGCAACCCGGGCUACAUCCAGGAGCGUGGUUACAAGUACGCCUCGAGCAGCGACGUCCAGAUGUCGGGCCGUCCCGUGCCACCCUCGCCUCUGACCGAGGAGGAGAUCUGGCAGAAGAUUGGCGAGUUCCGCGCCGCGGCGCGCAACGUGGUUGACGCCGGCGGUGACGGCAUCGAGAUCCAUGGCGCACACGGCUAUCUCGUCGACCAGUUCACGCGCGAUAGCGCCAACAAGCGCACCGACAAGUGGGGCGGCUCGAUCGAGAACCGCGCGCGCUUCCUGCUCGAGGUCAUCAAGGCCGUAUCGGAGGAGAUUGGCGCCGCGCGCGUCGGCCUGCGCCUCAGCCCCUUCGCCACCUUCCAGGAGUCCUACUCGGCGGACACGUGGGAGCAGACGUCCUACGUCGUGCGCGAGAUCAAGAAGGCCGGCCACAAGCUGGCGUACCUCUCGCUCGUCGAGCCCCGCGGCAACCCCGUCUUGCUCGGCAUCGUGCCCCAGCAGCCCAGCGACAGCGUCCAGCCGUUCCAGGAGGAUCGCCCGCACACGCUCGACUUCAUUCUUGAGGAGUGGGACAACUUCUCCCCCGUCAUGGUCGCCGGCGCCUACACUGGUGAGAGCGCCGUCGAGGCCCUCGAGAAGCACUACAAGAAGUGGGACGUGCUGAUUGCCUUUGGCCGCCCCUUCAUUUCGAACCCUGAUCUCGUCUUCCGCAUCAAGAACAGCAUCCCGUUCGCGCCGUACAACCGUGAGACGUUCUACAAGAAGAAGAGCAACGACGGGUACAACGACUACCCCUUCAGCGAAGAGUACCGGAAGAGCGAGGCUGCGGUAUCUGCUUGA